AUAGCCGGUUUAUUUAAAUCAAAAAAAAAAAAAAAAAAAACACUCCACCCCCUUUGUGCUUCGUGUUCUUGUUGGAGCAGGAUUCGAAACCUUGGUAUUCUCCGACCACCGCAACACCAUUUCAUCGGUGUUAAUCUCCACACAAUCGAUCUCUUACCGUUUCAUUGUUCGAUUUUAGUGUUAAAGAUAUCAUAUCAAUAAAGAUAUGAAGAAGAAUAAAAAGAAAUCUCAAAACUUUCCACCAUCCAAAGUACUCUUAUCGCAUUUGAUUUGCGGGAUCGGGUUAGCUUCAUCGUUUUGGGUGGCAAUCAAUGUUUUCUCCAUCAAUUUAAUCGAUUAUCCACUUCAAACCCUCUGUUUACUAUGGCUGGUUCAGGCCCCUGUUGUGAUUCUGGUUUACAGUUUCUCUCGGAAAGAUAAGAAUCAGAGCUCGUACUUGAAGGCUGUAGCUAGAGGUUUAUUGGGGCUUCCGGUCGGGGCGGUUGUCAAUGCGCUUGGAGCUAUUGCUUUAGGGGCGCCUGUUGGAAGUCGGUAUAUUUUAAGAACCCUCCACUGGUCUCUUCUGAUGUCUGCAUUUACUUUCGCCCCUGCAGCGUCUGUCUACGGUUCAUCUUGGGUUGAUUGGCACCGUAUAUUCACAAAUACAACUGAGAUAAUGCUGAUUGAAAUGAUUGAUUAUAUGAUAUGUAUACCUGCAUAUGGUGCGGUAAUUGGAGCAUGGUUUGGGGCCUGGCCCAUGCCACUUGACUGGGAAAGGACGUGGCAGGAAUGGCCGAUUUGUGUAACAUGUGGAGCUAUUAUCGGGUACUUGGUAGGAUUGUUGGCUUCUUUCGGUUUUGUAGUCCAUGUUUCAAGGCAACGUGUGAAGGGAGAUUGAUGGGUACAAAGUUGUAUCAAGAAUUCGUUGUCGUUGAGGUGGUUUUAAUCUUACCUGUAGUGGGAGAAGUUAGAAAACAAAUACUAAUCCAGAAGAUAUGUUUCAUUUUCUGCUGUCAUGUAUUGUGAUGUUCCGAUGAAUUUACGCCUACAAAUAAGACAAGAAA